UUAAAAAUAUACUGUACCAUUGAAGUGAAGAAUAUAUAUUAUUGGCUGGAGAGAAAUUAUUAUACGUUUAUACCCAAGAAAAAAGGGGUGAUCUUUUUGCAAAUGGGGAAGAGAAAAUCUCGAGUUUUAACUAAGAAUGACGAUAAUGAUACUAAAUCACCCACUUCAGAAAUAUAUGAAGAUGGUGUUGUAACAUAUUACUGUGACGUCAAUACUGGGGUGAUGUUCAGAAAGGAUGCGAAAGCAUCAAAGAAGAGGCUUGAACCGUGUCUCAAAAAAUCAAAGAGCAGAGGUAGACAACUCUCUGGAAAGCGCUCAAAGAUGGGUAGUUGUAAAUUUGAUGACAACUUGGAGACUAUUUGGAGGAGUUUCUCUGAAGACAAGAGGGCUGCAUUUGCUCACUUGUAUAGCUUUUAUUAUUUGAUUUAUAAAUCCCGAAGAAUUCGUGCUUUGGAAUUGAUAAAAAAGAAGCACAUUUUCUCAAAGAAGUAUGUUUUUGUUCCCAUUGUUUGCUGGGAUCACUGGAGACUAGUGAUUUUCUGCCAUUUUGGUGAGGCUAUUAGCUCAAAAACCAGAACUCGUUGCAUCUUAUUGCUUGAUUCUGCUGAGACGAGUGCAGAUGUUAUUGGACCUGUUGUGAGGAAGCUUGUCUUUGAUAUAUUUAAGGCUGAGGGUCGACCUGAAAGCAAAGAUGACAUAUACCAAAUACCUCUAAAGAUGCCUAAGGUUCCCCAACAGACAAAUGACUUUGACUGUGGCAGAUUUGUUCUGUUCUUCAUCAAACUGUUUAUGGAUGCUGCUCCUGAAAAUUUUAGCCUUUCAAAUGGUUACCCUUAUUUUCUGACAUCUAACUGGUUCCGUCCUGAGCAUUUUGAUAAGUUUUGUAACAAACUUGAAGAGGACAUACCCACACCAGAACAAGGAGUAGAACAAGUUCCAAGAAGAAUUUCGCAAAGGAUCACUGCACAACAAACUUUUCAAAAAGAUUCACAAACAUCUUAUCCACCAAACAAAGAUGUAGUCUUAGUCAUCGACUGAUGCAUUUGAUAUCAUUCCUUGUAGGCUGGUGCUGGUGGACGUUUUGCUUAAAGUGAAGGUGCUUAUGAACAGAUUAUAAAUAACUUGUAGGUUUUUUUUGAGGUGUAUAUAUAGUGCAUAAGAGUGCAAAAUAUUCCAUAAGAUUUAGAGAAAUGGAAGAAGUUAUGUAGCUUCAUUUAAAUUUAUUAUUAUUAUCAUUAUUGGCUGCAGAAUAUUUCAAAGGUUAGCGCUUUGGCGGAGUGGUGGAUAAUUAUGUUUUUGAAGUCGUGCUUAUGAACAUUAAGCAUGUAUGUAGUGAGUACAUUGUACUACAAAUAAAACUUUUGUAAUUCCUCACUUCUUUUUUUUAUUUGAAACUGAAACGUAUUCCUUUUGUGAAGUUGUAAAAUAAAUUACAUUAGAUCUCUCUAUCUCUGUUGUCGUUAAA